AUGGCUCUUGAAGAUGGUCAACAAAAGGUCUGGGUUGAUUUCACAACAAAAUAUCCUGAAGUAGUUUUGUGUGUUGGAAAAAUACGGUUUGGUGAAAAGGCAAGAAAAAAGAUGCCAAUAAAUUCAAAGCAAGAUCAAAAAUACACCCUUGCCUGUGCAGUGUGUGCCUUGCUGAACUCUGGAGGAGGUGUCGUAAAAGCAGAGAUUGAAAAUGAAGACUACAACUUGGAGAGAGAUAGGAUCGGACCAGACUUAGAAGAGACUUUUCAGUCUCUUCUUUUGUUUCCAGACUGGACAGAAUACCUGGACUUCGAACAACGAGAUAAUCACCUUUUGAUUUUUAUUAAAACCUGGAGCAGCAAGAGCACAUCCUCUACAAUCACAAAGCCACGUAUCUGUAGCCUGAGUACUGGGCUGCACGCAAAAUCUGGAACUUCCCUUUCCCACAUGAACCCUAUUCAAGCCCUUUCAUUCCUUAAAGGAAAGGAAAGUGAAGGCAGGAGAGAGCUGGGCUCAUCCCCACCUCCUAAAAUCAGGAGGAACACAAUGGCUAUUGAAGGAGCCAAGGAUGUUACAGAUGACACCGUCGCCAAAUUCUUUAACAGGGACCAACUGCGACGUGGAGAGAAGUUGCCUUUCACAGAGUCACAGUAUGUGGAAUUUAAGCACUAUUCAACUGAAAAAUUUUUGACUCGUGUCAAAGAGGUGCUGCCUCAGUACGUCGCUGGAUUCGCCAACGCGGGCGGCGGCUACUUCUGGAUGGGUGUGGACGAUGAGAGCGUGGUGCAGGGAUUCAGCAGCAGUGAUGAGGGCCUUCAAGAUUUAAAUUCAGCAAUCAAUUCCGUUAAAGACAAAUUAACCCUCUUCCAUUUCUGUGGGAACCAAAGUGCACAUCAGGUAAGGUAUGAACACAGACUCCUCCCAGUGUGCUGCGAGGCUGGAUGUCCCUGUGGCUACGUCUGUGCUGUGAAGAUUCAUCCGUUCACGUGCGUCGUGUUUUCCGAAGACCCGGCCUCGUGGCUCGUGGAAGACAGGAAGAUCAGGAGAGUGAAAGCACACGAGUGGGCUGAAAGGAUGACCGAUGCUGAUCCAGAUCUUUCAAAGUUUUCUGAGACCUUUAGGCUAGAGCUCAGUCUGACAGAUGGGCCACCUCUUGCCAAGCCAGUUUAUUCACAACGGGGCCUUGAUGGCGUUGAUGACCUUUGUAAAAAACUGUUCCCAGUGAUAUCCAACAGGAUAAUGCGGACUCCAGAAAAACUCUGUGAAGAUCUCUUCCAAGAGCAUCCCAGAUUGGCUAUUUUAAUGGAAGAUCAACUGAAUCAGCUUUCUGAGGGAGUUCUGAUCUUUUCCAGAAGCUGGGCUGCUGAACUGGGCUUGCCAGAAAACCAAGACAUAAUUUGUGAUGCUCUCCUAGUAGCCCAGGACCGGCCACCGAUCCUCUACACCGUCUGUAAGCGCCCGGUCUCGGAGGACUUGUUUGAAUACUCAAGACGUGUCGCCUGCAGGCUGAAGGAGAAGUUAGUCAACACGGGGGGCUACAUUCACAAACUGUGUGUGAUACCCAAGCUACUGACCCUAUCUCCCCAAGUUAACUGCAGAAAAGAAUGGGAUCUGAACGUUGAAGAGAUGUAUCCCCGAAACUACAGCCUCAUCAGCAGCAACAACCGGCACGCCCUCAUGCGUGCUCUCACAGUAGCUCUGCUCACUUUCAGGUCAUUUUUAAGUGACCGUGUUGGUUUUGAGUUUUUGAACCUUUUGACUCACAAGCAGUACCAGCUGCUGUCAGAAAAUCUUUAUAAAACUAAGAAGCUCUAUGUUUAUGGACUACCAGGAACAGGAAAAACUGUAGUGGCCCUGCGGAUCAUAGAGAAAAUAAAAACUAUGCUGCAGUGCUCACGAGAGGAAGUUCUUUAUGUAUGUGAGAACCAGCCUCUGAGAGAUUUCGUGCGGCAGAAGGACAUUUGCCAAGCUGAGACACGAGUAGGCUUUCUGAAGAGACGCUUUGAAGGUGUGAAGCACAUAAUAAUUGAUGAAGCACAGAAUUUCCGAAAGGAGGCAGGUGACUGGUAUGGAAAAGCCCUGGCUCUCACUUCAUCACAACACCUCCCUGAGCCUGGCUUUUUCUGGAUUUUCUUGGACUACUUACAGCAAAAUCACUGCUUCGAAACUGGUCUCCCACCAGCAUCAUGGCACGAUCCUGUCGAGUCACUAACGGAAGUGGUUCGUAAUGCUAGCUGUAUCUAUAACUAUCUAAAACAAAAGAUGGAAGAGAUUGUAAAGCUCUCUACCCUACAUAUUCCCAACAAACGUCUGGAAAGCUUAUUAUGCAGAGCCACGUGUGCUCAUGCUGUGCAAGGCCAUGUUGAUGUCAGAAGACUAGACAUGGCAGAAAUAGCCAAGUACGUGGCAGAACAUUGUCAAAGAUACCUUAAAAACGGUUACUCUGAGAAAGAUAUUGCUGUUCUCUGCUACACAGAUGAAGCAGCAAGAGAAUAUGAGGCCAUAUUAGCAUCAGAGAUCAGGCUAAAGUUAAAGCUAUCAUUAAGAAGAAUGGAGGGCUGGGGGUGGAAGGAACGUGCUGUUCUUGACAGUGUCCGUCGCUUCUCUGGCUUAGAAAGAAGGAUUGUGUUUGGUAUUAUUCCUCCAUCCUUUCCAUUUGAUAAAGAAAUUUCAGGAAAUGUAUUGGUCUGUGUAGCAUCCAGAGCGAAUUUAAACCUCCAUUUGCUGUUUGAGAACAGUCCCCACAUGGGAUCCUCACAAGACCCUGAUGGGCCAAUGUUUAUGUUUACAGAUCUUUGA